AUGCUUAUCCCGAGGAAAGCGUUCGGGGCCCUGACGCUCGCGCUCUGCGUCGCGGGGCUGUUCCUCUUCUCCAAUUCAAUCUUGCAGUGGUCCGUGUAUGUCUUCGGCAGCCACGCUCCACUGGUACCGUAUACCACGCACAUUGUGCUGUUGCAAUUCAAGGAGACGGCCACUAGCUUUGCAGUCAAGGAGAUCACGUCUAGAUUUUUCGGUCUGAAAAAAUCCUGUGUCCACCCCGAUACUCGACGCCCGUAUGUCUUGUCGAUCACUGGUGGAAAAGAUACGUCCAGUGAGGGCCUGCAGGACGGCCUCAGCCACGCCUUCAUUCUCAGAUUCACGUCGAAAGACGACCGAGAUUAUUACGUGAAGGACGACCCUGCGCACAAAGCGUUCAAAGAGGCCGCUGCUGCGGUUGUGGAGAAGACGGUUGUCGUUGAUUUCCAGGAGGGUGUAUUUACCAGCGCAUGA